GCGGGGCGGGGCGCGGGGAUAGGAGGCGGAGCGCUGCGGAGGGAGGGGGGAGGCGGCGAGGGAGGACGCGCUCCGGAAGUGAAGCAGCCAGACCAUCGGCUCCUGGCUGCGGAGCGGACGGUCUGCUGACCGCUCUCGGCUCCGGGGCAGCUUGGCGUGGCUGGAGCUAAGAAGGACCAAGACGCGAGCAUUGUAGAGUUGGGUGAUAUCUUCCUUUGCUAGAAGCUGAAUAAACAAGCUUCUUGACUCCCACAGAAUAUUCUGGAAUCCUAAAAACAGAGACCCGUCAGAGAAGGGUCAGCACCGCCACACGUGUGCCAGCAUCUGGAGAGACUCAGCAGCUGGGGACCUCCAGAGCCACUGGUUACUGGUCCAGAAGACUUCGGGCUGCUGUUGGGGGGACCUGACCGGAAACCCCUUCCCUGGUGGGCUAGGGAUUCGGGGCUUUAUCCUUACUUAAAAUCCUAAGGGAGUGCCUGCGUGCACUGCUGAUUCAUUGUACCCCUAGAGUUAGAGCCAGUAGCUGUUGGUGACGAUGGCACUGGCGCUGUUGGAGGACUGGUGCCGGAUCAUGAGUGUGGAUGAGCAGAAAUCGCUGAUGGUGACGGGGAUCCCCGUGGGGUGUGAGGAGGCUGAGAUCCAGGAGGUUCUCCGGGACACCUUAAAGUCCCUGGGCAGGUACCGGCUGCUGGGCAAGAUAGUCAGGAAGCAGGAGAAUACCAGCGCUGUCUUGUUGGAACUCCUGGGAGACACUGAUGUCUCGGAGAUCCCCAGGGAGGUUCAGGGGAAGGGGGGCGUCUGGAAAGUGGUCUUUAAGACCCCUAACCAAGACGCGGAGUUUCUUGAGAGACUGCACCUCUUUCUAGAAAAGGAGGGGCAGACAGUCCGGGGAAUGUUCCGAGCCCUCGGGCACGAGGGAGCGUCUCCAGGCGCCGCGCCCAGCCUGUCGCCGGAGCUGCUGGCCCAGGUGGUGGGGCAGGCGGUGGCCCAUGCCCCGCAGCCAUUGCUGCCCAUGCGGUACCGCAAGCUGCGGCUGUUCUCGGGCAACUCCGUGCCCGGCCCAGAGGAGGAUUCCUUUGAGGUCUGGCUGUCACAGGCCGAGGAGAUAGUCAGGGAGUGGCCGGUGAGCGAGUCCGAGAAGAAAAGGUGGCUGGCGGAGAGCCUGCGCGGCCCCGCCCUGGACUUCCUGCGCAUCUUGCAGGCGGACGACCCCUCCGUGAGCGUGCAGGAGAGCGUGGAGGCCUUCCAGCAGGUGUUCGGGAGCCUGGAGAGCCGCCGGGCCUCCCAGGUGAGGUACCUGAAGACCUACCAGGCGGAGGGCGAGAAGGUCUCGGCCUACGUGCUGCGGCUGGAGAUGCUGCUGCGCAGGGCGGUGGAGAAGCGCGCCAUCCCCAAGAACAUCGCCGACCAUGUGCGCCUGGAGCAGGUGUUGGCCGGGGCCAGCCUCAGCGAGAGCCUGUGGUGCAGGCUGAGGGAGCUGAGGGACCAGGCGCAUUACCCCGGCUUCCUGGAGCUAAUGAGGGUGAUCCGGGAGGAGGAGGAGGAAGAGGCCGCUUAUGAAAACGAAAAGAACGAUGAGCACGAUGACCCCGACGAUGAGUAUGGCCACUGGCAUAAGGAGCCGAUUUACUGAGAGCGAAGGCAGAGCGAGGAUGGGGCCGCGGGGACAUCCCCUUUACCAGGCUAAGUCAGACCUUUCCCAUACGCUUUUCUUUAGUGAAUGCAAUGAAGACCAAGGCAUUCGAGCCAAGUCUUGAUUCUUUCUCAGAAAGAAUUUACCACCCUCUCCCUCCCACCCCCGCCACGUCUUCCUCCAUCAACAGUGGUCUUCCCUGUACCCUCCUACAGCUCUCCCUACCACCCUCCUCUUCUUAAUGUCCAUAGAUUAAGGGACCUGUAGCUUCUCAUGGGGUAUUUAAAUCAGGCCCAUGCAUGCCCUUGAUGUUGAGUGUGCUAGUAGAACGAUGGCCACCACUCAGUGAACCGCUAGUUGAUGUAGCACAGCAUGGUAGCUCUGUGUACAGCAGACUUGCUUAAAUCCUCUGAACAUCACUUUCUUCGUCAGAAAAAAUGAGAAGGUAAUGGACGAGGGCUGUUAUGUUAAGAUCAAAUGACAUAAGGCCUUUUAAGCACUUAGCAUGAUGUCUGGAGGAUAGAAAGCCCUCAGUACACAGAGACAUCAUCAUCAUCGUGAUGCUUUUCUGCUUGAUGCAUGCUCUUUACUGUUCUAACAGUGGUGCCAUAGCAAAUACAUCUGUAACCUGUGAGUCAAGUGGUGAGCACAUUGCAUUAGAAGCCCUUUUAGCUUUUAUGGUAAGUCUGAGUGCCUUGUGUCUGUGAAAAGUAUUCUAGCCACUGUGGACUAUUCCUAGUGAUUUGACUUUGAAACAACAUUAUAAUUCUGAUUGUGGACCGUGUUAAUGGAAGAAUAUCUUGAGAUUGAAAGAAAAUAAUUUUUUUU